CUGAUCCUCCUCUAGUGUUCCCUCCUUCAUUGAAAGGCAUAACCAGCUAUCGAGUUGCUGAAGUGAAAAACCUGUUUGUCUUCUUGGAAGCCUCUCUCUAUAUCCCUUCUUCCUGGGAUAAAUCACCAAGUAAUGCUCAUUGGACCUCCUAAAUAUCUCUAGGGUUCACCACCCCACUGUUCUCUCCACCUUACUGUGACUACUCUAGUUUAAGCUUCUGUCACCAUGCACUUGGGUAACUGUAGUUGCUAGCUCUAACUGGUAUCCCUGCCUCCUCUCUUAUCGUUCCUGUAAUCUAAUCUCUACACUGCAGCCAGUGUAGAGAUUAAAUUUAUAAAAUGUAAAUUUAAUCACACUUCUCCCCUACUUAAAUCUUUCAAACUUUCUCUAACCCCCACAGGAUCAAGUUCAAACUCUUAACAUGGCUUAUAAAACCUUGCCAUGAUCUGGCUCCUGUUUGUCCAUCACAGCCUUAAUUGUUUAUAACCUGAAUUCUUUUCAUUCCUUGAGUAGAGGAUGCUCUUUCUUGUCUUUCAACAUCUCCAGUGCCAUUAGGCCCUCCUCUUUAUCUUUACUCACCCUACAGGUCACAGUUUCUUGGGCACAUUUCCUCUGGACCAACCCUCGCUCCCACCCCAUCUAGGUUAGGCGCCCCUGUUCUUCACGUCCACAGCCCGUGUACACCCCACUGUAUAAUUAAUCACAUUGUAUUGUAUCUAUAGGCAGGAAACCUCUUGAGGACAGCGCUCGCUUCUGGCUUGUUUGCUGCAGCGUCUCCAGCACCUAGGACAGGGCCUGGCACGAUGUAGGUGCAUAAUGAAUAGUGAACGCAGAAGAGAAUGGAUGUGUGACGGCGAGUGUCCUUUGGAAGACAGCGUUCAGUGGCUGAGAGCGCGUGGGUUCCCCGUGGGUUCGGUAUAUCUGUGCGAGGGCUCAAAUCCCGCUCCAGCCUAUCCACCACACUGCGGCUGCGCCGCGCCGCGCCAGCUUCUGGUCCAACCGAGCCGGAAUUGAUGACGCAGGCUUCCCAGGAUGCCUCGCGAGGCGCCUAUUCAAACCGCACCUAGAAGAGAGAGAGAGGAGGUCGUGAUGGCGGCUCCGGAGCAGGAAGUGCUGUCCCCGGCCGCAGUUCCUGAUCAGAGCCUCCACUUUCUGAGUCGAGCCCCAGCCGAAACCCGGCACCCUACCUUCUCACCGCCCCGCCGUCGCUUCAGUCACUUUAGGAGACAGAUCAGGAUUCUUCCCGCCUCCGCCCACACAGGAGUUUGCGGAGGCAAUGUGCGUGUGUCGGGCUGUCCCUUCCGCAGUGUUGGCCGAUGAAGCCCUCAGGGCAUGAGAAGACUGGCUUUUGGUCUUUGAGUUUUUCGUUUUUUCUGUCUUGUCCCUCUGUGCGCCUACCAGGUUUGGAGUGGUGUGAAAAGUCGGAGAAAACCCACGCCCCCCAGAUAGAACUACUUGAGACUACCUCUGCCCAAGAACCUCCCGUCUCUUCGGAGCCUUUUUGCCGCCGAGACUGUUUGGUGCCAGUGGUGUUUCCCGGGCCUGUGAGCCAGGAAGGCUGCUGUCGGUUUACUUGUGAACUUCUAAAGCAUAUCAUGUACCAACGCCAGCAACUCCCUCUGCCCUAUGAACAUCUUAAGCACUUCUACCGAAAACCUCCCCAGGCAGAGGACAUGGCGAAGAAGAAACCUCGGGCCACUGCUGAGGCAAGCAACAGGACAUGCCAACAAACUCUGGCAGAACUGGAGAGUGUCCUCAGCCACCUAGAGGGUCUCUUUGCCCGGACACUAGUACCGCGGGUGCUCAUCCUCCUUGGGGGCAGUGUUGUAAGUCCCAAGGAAUUCUACGAGAUUGACUUGUCCCGUUUGGCUCCCAACAGCAUGGACCAGACCCUGAGCACAGCAGCUUGUUUGCGCCGUCUCUUCCGGGCCAUUUUCGUGGCUGAUGCUUUCAGUGAGCUGCAGUCUCCUCCGCUCAUGGGCACUAUCAUCAUGGCACAGGGGCACCGUGACUGUGGAGAAGACUGGUUUCGACCCAAGCUAAACUAUAGAGUGCCCAUACGGGGCCACAAACUGACUGUGACCCUGUCCUGUGGCAGACCCCCCAUCCCACUCACGGCCUGGGAGGAUUACGUUUGGUUCCAGGCACCAGUGACAUUGAAAGGCUUUCACGAGUGAAUGAAGAUGCCUCUUAGUUGUGAACACAAUGGCUAAAUUAUCUUUCCUUCUGUGGCACCAAGUCACCCAUCUCUUGCUUGGAGGUAGUUACUUCCUGGUGAGAGGACGGUCCUAUCCUUCUGGCUGCCUGCUUCCCUUCCUAAGACUUCCUGGUGCGCUGAUGGUGUGGCUGGGACUGUAAUAAUCGUCACUGAACAAGGUCUCUUUGAAUCAAAGGUUGAUUUUCCCAGAGGGUGCUGGGUCAGGGUUUUCUGUUUGGGGUUGGAAAGCAAAUGUGGGCCCAAAGACAGACGCUGCUGUUAUGGAGAUGGCCCUUUUCUGGGCCUUUCAGAAUUUUUACCAGGGAUAUACAAUGUGGGUGUGGCUCAUGAACUUAAAUAUAAAAUGAAUGAAUUCGUAUUAAAUUUUCCUGAAACUCUUGGCUUAAAGAGACUUUCUAGGCUUGAGGCUAGAGUAUUUUGUUUCUCCUUGGUCUUUUAUGCUUCAGGGUUUCCAGGAUUUAAAAAUUUUUUUUAUUUUUAAACUAAUGGUUCUUUUUCUUCAUCAGCCCCAGGCCAGAUUGGGAAGUUAAGUGACUUGGCCAAGGUUCUGUUAUGGUUUGGUAUCAGCACUGGGACGAGAGUCCUCAUCAGCUAAUUCCUAGCCCAACAUUCUUUCUCUGCCGCAUAACUGGUUUUGUGGCCCUUAAUGGAUGUGUGCCCAAAGCGGAGGUCACAUAGGGGAAAGGGGCAGAGAGACUGGGCUGAGAAAAGGAAACAAAGGGUCUUUGCAAAGCCUGAUUGAAUCGUAGGCUGAGACCCCAGGAAAGCCCUGUGGAUUCAGUUCCCCUAGGCCAAAUAUCUCUUUUGGAAUUCUGCUCAGCCUGUCUCCAUUGCAGUUGUUUGCUGCUGGCAGUACUGUGGGUAAUAUUGUCCUUAGGCAAACCUUGCCCUGCUGCCUGUGGCAAUUCCUCCUCAGCUACAUCUCUGACUUGGCUCUCCUGAUCCUUACUGUUAGCCUCUCCAGCUUGAUGCUGUCCUGACCACUAAACAUCGAUGCUCUUUGUCCCUGCGAACACCUGCUUAUUUCUUGGAAGUAAAUUGAAGAGAGAAUUCUCACCCUGCCAGUGCUGGAGAUUGUGUAUGUGUGUGUGCGCGUGUGUGUGCGUGCGUGCAUGUAAAUUGGGAUAAUAUAAAUACAUACUA